UUCCCUUAAAUCUCUCUCCUUCCUCCUCCUCCCCUCAGAGUCCAUCCUCUGCCUGCUCCGUCCUGAUUGGCAGCGGAGCUCGUUGUUACCGUGUACGAAGUGUGCCCGGCCCAGUGGAGGGUGGCUGAUAAGAGAUCAGAGAAAAAAGAAAUCCCUGCCUGCCUGGACUCCUCCAUGCCUUUUAAGGUGGUGUUUUCCCUGAACGGUACAAGUGUGUGAGAACAGGAACAGUGCAGGUUGGGAUGUGCAGUGGGUCUAAGGUGCCGUUGGUGUGAUUGCUGCCGCCACAGGAAGCAGAAGAUUUCACAAUAAGAGGAUUGCACGCGGGACUAGACGACAGAGGUUCAAAGUGGCAGGCAGAGAGAGCUGUGAUGGGACCGGUGAAGCCGGCGUGGCGUGAUCUUUGACCUCAGGCUGUGAGGAAGAGGAGACAUGAGGAAGAACUACAGCGCCAUCCCGCUCAUCUAUGUGACAGAGGCGGAGCGUAACGCCUGUGAUGUGCUCAGCAUCCCGGUGCCGAUGCGUCGAGGCGGCUCCGAGUCCAACCUGGACGUGGUGGACAGCGUCGGACACGACGGCGUGGGUCUGGACUUCACCAAGGGGGCGCUGGGUAUCGACACCCUGCAGCAGAAGAUCCUCAAGGUGACGGAGCAGAUUAAGGUGGAGCAGACGGCUCGGGACCAGAACGUGGCCGAGUACCUGAAGCUGGUGAACAACGCCGACAAGCAGCAGGUGUCCCGGAUACGCCAGGUGUUCGAAAAGAAGAACCAGAAGUCUGCUCACACCAUCGCUCGGCUGCAGAGGAAGCUGGAGCAGUACCACCGGCGCAUGAAGGACGGCGAGAGCAACGGCAAGCACAGCGGCAAAGAUGGCAGCAGCAAAGAGUCCGGGACUCACAGCAAGGAGGGCAGCCUGCGGGACGUCAGCGCCACCGGACGGCACCCGGCGCUGGACAAGGUGAAGACCAUCGGACCCGGCGUGUCGCUGUCGCCGCCGUUCUUCUUCAAUAAGUCGCGGGAGUUCGCCAACCUCAUCAGGAACAAGUUUGGCAGCGCCGACAACAUCGCCCACCUCAAGAGCUCCAUGGAGACGGGGCCGGGGCUGCAGGUGGAGGCCGGGGCCAGGGGUCUGAGCGGCAGCGCCACCACGGUCGCCAAGGCCAAGUACCACAGCGACGACGAGUGCUCCACGGGGACGUCCGCCUCCGCCGACUCUAACGGGAACCCGGCGGGCGGGUCAGGGGCCGGGUCUGGGGGUCCGGGGAGGUCGGACUCCAACGGGCGUCUGGUGGAGGUGCUGGACAUGGUGCGGGAGGUCAGGGAGGCGCAGUCACAGCUGGCAGAAGACAUGGAGGCUCUGAACACGCAGUUCAAGAACGACUACAGCUACUUCACACAGAUGAUGCAAGAGGAGAGAUACAGGUAUGAGCGGCUGGAGGACCAGCUGAACGACCUGACGGAGCUCCACCAGCACGAGACCAGCAACCUGAAGCAGGAGCUGGCCAGCAUCGAGGAGAAGGUGGCCUACCAGGCCUACGAGAGGGCCAGAGACAUACAGGAGGUUCUGGAGUCGUGUCAGACUCGUGUUUCUAAGCUGGAGCUGCAGCAGCAGCAGCAGCAGACGGUCCAGCUGGAGAACACCGACGCCAAAGUGCUGCUGGGGAAGUGCAUCAACAUCAUGCUGGCCAUCGUCACCGUCAUCCUGGUGUGCGUUUCCACGGCGGCAAAGUUCACGGCGCCGUUGCUGCGUAGCCGCCUCCACCUGGCGCUCACCUGCGUGGGCGUGUCUCUGCUGGCGCUGCUCUGGAAGAACUGGGAACAUCUGCAGUGUGCUUUGGAACGAUUGCUGCUCCCACACUGAGACGGAGGACGAAAGAGACCAGGAGACUUCAUCCAGACCCUGAGAACACAGGAAGGAGUUUACAUGUAGCCUUACACCAGCCUGCUAUCAGAUCAACCCCACAGUAAAGAGGGGUACGAAUGGAGAGCUUCACCCAGAAUGCACCUCCACAUGAGCAACGCACAGACGCGAGCUGAUACGAACCAAUUAGAACGUGGCACAGCGCUGAGUCACCACACCAGUAAACCAUCAACCAGUUGGAUUGUUCAGAUUCCAGGAGACUCACAACAACACGCUGAUAUAAACACACACUUCCUGUUUCCUGUCAGCUGUUCUCACCUCCAGAGACCAGAACCACCACACAGUUUGCCUCCUUUUCACCAGCCGGCUGUGACAAACGCAACAUCCACCUGAAGGCUGAUUUGUACUGUCUGUACUCUACCGUUCUGUAUUUAUGGGAUGUUUCUUCUUGUGUCGUUUUAACAUGUCUGAACGAGCGCUUCUGUGUUUUCAUGUCCGCCUGCUUGUCUGUACCGCGUGUCCAAAAGGAGUUUGACUCUUUGGGAAACGUUCUUGUCUGAAUGUUAAAUGUGAAGCUAGAGCCUGGAGAAGUUAGCUUAGCCUGGAGAAGUUAGCUUAGCCUGGAGACGUUAGCUUAGCCUGGAGACGUUAGCUUAGCCUGGAGACGUUAGCUUAGCCUGGAGACGUUAGCUUAGCCUGGAGACUGGAGGGAGGAGGAUGAUAAAAUGUGCCGCUAAAGCUCACGAAUGAGCAGAAAGUAGAAAUCUCUGAGUCAGAUGGGGUGUAGCUUCUGUUGCUUUGACCGAUCACUGAUUUCUUUCAUUGAUCCUAAUGAUAAAAUUAAUGCAUGUUUAUCUGGUUUACAGCUCUGACUCUAUAUGAAGACAGGUGAAUAGAAGAGUUUUAUUGUCUCCAUACAUGGGGGGCAUGACGGAAAAAUAAACAGCUGCGACUGGACGGUGCAUACAUAUACAUAUAUAUACAUACAUAUAUAUAUAUAUAUAUAUAUAUAUAUGCGUAUAUAUCUUUUUUGUUUUAUCUGCAUUAGGAUUUAGAUAUACACCCCUUGUCAAAAGUUUUAGGAUGCUUUCUGAUUUAAAUGAAUGAGAAAGGGUCCUAAACCUUUUGACAGGGGGUGUAUAUAUAUAUAAUUUUUGAGAAUUUUUUGUAAUUUUUUUCUAUAAUUAGGCUUUAUUGGGUUAAAUAGUGAAAUUAAAUUUGCAUUUAAAACAAGACUAUAUUAAAAAUGACAACAUAAGCUAAAUAAAAAAAUAAAAACCAAUAAAAUAGAAUAAUAUGGUCAGGAGAUUGCACAUAAGCAGCAUUUGAAGCAUUAAAAAACACUACAUUGUGUGGUGAUACAGGAUAUUUCCUUCAUUGAUUUAACCUCUCAUCAAAUCAAAAACAAACCCUAAAAACUCCUUUUUUUUCAUUUUGCACACCGUUACACGAGUGGCUGAUCAAACAAGCGUGUAAAUCUGUGAGUGUUAGCGGUGCUGUUUGUGGAUUUGGUUAGCAGGAUUCCAAUACUGAAGCUAAGCUAAGCUAACUGUCUGCUGGCUGUUGCUUAAUUUUAAUCAGACAAAGCUUUUCCCAAAAGGUCAAACGUACUCCUUUCCAGGAAAUCUUCUGAACUGCCUCCUGUCUCGUUAAAUUUGAUGGUUUUGUUGGGUUUUUAUGUCGUGUGAAAUCUGUUCUGCUUCGCAAAGGGAAAGUUGUGGUUUGCUUCACUGUCUUCACUCAGCUUUAGCAUCAAGCAGCUAGCAGCGUGAACUGUGGAGAAGGAAACUCUUAAAGGAGGAAGAGAAGCUGAGAGAGAGUUUGAAGUCAGUAAAGAUUCUGACUGUGUUGAGCUGCCUUUUAAAGAGGUGACCAGAACAAAUUAACUGAAGCCUUUCAUGUUGUGCUGCGUUCAGGGACCAUGGGAAUAACAGGAUUCUCACCUGUUCAAACCCAUUUUAAUGCAAAGAGAACUGAUUACAACUUCGAAUUGCUUCACCUCUGCUGUGAAAUUUAAAGUCUCUGUUCAGUUAAAGUGAUCUGGAACUUACCACAAGCAGUAAUGUCUCUAUGCUAGCGGCUGUUUUUCCCACAUGACCUGAACACAGCAUCCAGACUGGACCGAGGGAACUGAACCAUGUAGCUCUGUGCUCCUGACCCGGAUCACUGUGGGACCGAUGCCUUUUAAUGCAGUUUGUUUCUUCUACUGUAUGGGGGGAAAAAAAGCCAAAUAUGGAGAUUUUUAAGGUUUAUUCUCGGCUCAGACUCUAUUUCUGUACGUCCAUGUUGUGUAUUUUCAAACCUCUGUCUCAUUGAUGUGCUUUAGUUUCUCGUUAUGGUUUUCCAUAACUUUGUUUUUUCAAAUGAGAAAAUAAAUCUGUUUUCUUUUUCUAA